AGGUCUGCAGCCAGCCCCCGAGGGGGUGGGGACCCGCCGGCGCUAUAAAGACGGGCGCCUCGCAGCGCCCUGCACGCGGCGUCGGCGGGAGCAGCUCGAGUCGUGGGCGCAGCAGAGCGGUGAGGGAAGCCGGCUGGGAUUCCAGAACCAUCGGAGGCACCAUGAGGGCUUUGCUGCUGGUGGUGGGGCUGCUGCUCUGGGGGACGCCCGGGCACGGGCAGAACCACGAGCUAGUGCCAGCCGAGUCGGAGGUGUCGCCCAAGGAGCUGCAUGAAAUGUCUGCCCAGGGUAGUAAGUAUAUCAACAAGGAGUUGAAACACGCCCUCAAGGGCAUGAGGCAGAUCAAGGCCCUCAUCGAGAAGAAUAAUGAGGAACGCAAAGCGCUGCUGGACGACUUGGAGGAGGCCAAGAUGAAGAAGGAGGACGCCCUCAACGUCACCAGGGAGGCGGAGGAGAAGCUCAAGGCGUCGCCGAGCGUGUGCAACGAGAGCAUGCAGGCGCUGUGGGAGGAGUGCAAGCCCUGCCUCAAGCAGACCUGCAUGAAGUUCUACGCGCGCGUGUGCAGGCGCGGCCCGGGCGUGGUGGGCCACCAGCUGGAAGAGUUCCUGAACCAGAGCUCGCCCCUGUACCUGUGGAUGAACGGGGACCGCAUCGACUCCCUGCUGGACGAUGAGCGGCAGCAGGCGCACGAGCUGGACGCCAUGCAGGACAGCUUCCAGCAUACGUCCAGCCUCAUGGACACGCUCUUCGCCGACUCGCUCUUCGCCCGCGAGAUGCCCGAGCCCCACUUCUGGUGGCCCCUGCGCAGCCCCGCGCGCCACGGGCCGCUGCUCUACGGGGCCAACUCCCGCGUGGUGCGCAGCCUCCUGCCCUUCCACCGCUUCGAGCCCUUCAACUUUGCGGACAUGUUCAGGCCCCUGGUGGACAUGAUGCAGCAGGUGCAGGAGGCCAUGGAGGCGCAGCUGCAGGAGGCCCAGGACUUCCCGCCCCUGGAGCAGGCACCAGGAGAGUCCCCAGAAGGUGGCAACAACCGGGCCGUGUGCAAAGAGAUCCGCCACAACUCCACAGGGUGCCUGAAGAUGAAGGAUCAGUGUGCCAAGUGCAAGGAGAUCCUGGCAGUGGACUGCUCGGGCAGCAACCCCGCGCAGGAGCGGCUGCGCCAGGAGCUCAGCGAGGCGCUGCUGAUGGCUGAGAAGUUCUCGCGCCGCUACGACCAGCUGCUGCGAUCCUACCAGCAGAAGACACGCGCCUCCUCGGGGCUGCUCAAGCAGCUCAAUGAGGAGUUCAGCUGGGUGUCCCGGCUGGCCAACCUGACGCAGGGCGAGGACCAGGACCACCUGCAGGUCACCACGGUGAAUUCCCAGAGCUCCAGCACAGACGGUCUCCACGGGGUCACGCUGGUGGGCCUGAAGCUCUUUGAUGCACCCCCCAUGAUGGUGUCCAUCCCAGACAAUGUGUCCAGGGAGAGCCCCCGGUUCAUGGAGAUGGUGGCCGAGAAGGCGCUGCGCGAGUACCGGCAGAAGGGGGCGGAAUAAGACCUGCACACGGCGUCCCCGAGGAUGGGGCAUUGGCCUGAUUCCAGAGAUCCCUGGAGGCCCCCGGACCCCAUAGCCUGCCCCCUCGGGACCUGACACUCUCACACUCACACCCGCACCAGCGGGCUCCUGCCCUGUAUGCACUAACUCACAUUAAACUUCCUGAAUAUCCA